GAAAACACAGUUUGGGAAGUAGCUAGCUAUCUAGCGGCUCACUGACUGAAAAUGGAUUCGAUUAAAUAGAGUCUUUGUCCACAUAAUGUACAGCUGGGAAAGACGCGCAGCUGAGAACCUCACCAAUGCUGAACACAUUUGUGAGGUGAGGAAGAGGAGAGACAUUAAAUAUGAGGACUACCUACGCAGACAGGAACAGGAAAGGGCAGAUGUGAGGAGGGAAGUACACAGAGUACGGACGCCUUCACCAACACCUCAGACAAAUAGGUUCAAAGCCCGCAGGUAUGAAAGACCAUGGGCACAGGGAGCGCCAGGCACCAAGAAGUCCUCCAGCUCUGUGAAAUCCACCAGAUCAGAGAUGAGAAACUCACAGAACAAAGGCUCAGAGUCCCGCUUUCCUGCCAUCUCCAGCGGAACCCAGAGCAGUGUAACCCAAAGUAGAACAGCAGAAUUGGCAACCACAUCAAAGACAUGGAGAAGAGCCAUUGCCCCACUGGCAUCCCACUGUAAGGAACAAUCUCCACCAUGUCACAAACACAGAUCUGUGGCUAUAAAAAACAGAGCAUGUAAGUUAUCCACAUGUGCAUCUAAGUCAAACACUCUGAAACUAACACAAAGUCAAGACACACUGAGGGUGAAGAAACAGAUAGGGGCACCAUCAUGUGACCGUGCAGAUAGUUCAAACAUCUCUACAAGACAUGAUCUGGUCAAGAGGCCAUUAGACAACUGCUCCCUCCCACAGCCCCUGACCUUUUCUAGAAGAUCCUACACAGAUUGGCCCUGUCUUCCCUCACUGCAGUACCACCGCUCCCCCAGCCCAGACGACCCAGAGUCACAUCCCUAUGUCCAGCUGAUCUCGGAUCCCUUCCAGGGCUUCUCAGAGAGUAGUAGUAUCAAAGAGGAGUACGUACGCAGUGAUGACACCUACAGGGCUGAGAUCUGCUCCAGGAGUUUAGCUGACACCAGUCCUUUGUCCGUACCGGAGUCCCUCCCCUCGCAAUGCCCCUCCAGCAGUGGCACCCUGGAAAGCAGCUCUCUCAGCCUCAGUGACUCCUUCAUCGGCCCCCUCAGCAGCCACUUCCGCACGCUGGGUGUUCUGUCCUCCGAGUCUGAGUCAGACGGGGAAGACGACAGCCAUUCAUGUCAGGAUGCUGACAGAGAGAGCUACCAAAUCCCCGGGCCUGCAGUCCCAGCUGAGUUUGGAGUCAACAAGCACCCCUGA